ACUCCAGAAGAUGGCAGUAGUGCAACAUAAAGGAUGCAAGCUGCCGUUAAAACUCAAAAGAAAGAUAAUAAAAGAAGAACGAGUGUAAUUUACAAAACGCGUUUUACCAUUCUACCCGUAGCUACGGGAAGUUUGAAGGGACAAAUGUAGCUAUGCUAGCUGAAUAGGAAGGCUUGGCUAACCAUAUUUGCCUGAACAUGGCAGCACACUUGAAAAAGCGAGUUUAUGAGGAAUUUUCCAGAGUUGUACAGAUUCCCCAGGAGGAAGCUCCGGCCAAGAAGCUGCGACUGUCCAAACCCAGUAAGUCUGCGGCACUGCACAUUGACCUCUGUAAGGCCACCAACUCCACUGAUGCCCUGCAGUACCUGCUGCAUUUCGCACGCAAGCCCGUGGAGGUGGAGAGCGUAGAGGGAGUGGUCAGGAUCCUGUUGGAGCACUACUACAAGGAGACGGAUAACUCGGUAAGGCUGAAGAUUGCCUCUCUGCUGGGUCUGCUGUCCAAAACGCAGGGCUUCAGCCCCGACUGCAUCGUGGACGACGCCAUUAACACACUCAACAAUGAGAAGUCCCAUCAGGUCCUUGCCCAGCUGCUGGACACUCUGCUGGUCAUUGGUACACAACUACCUGAGAGUCCUACAGUCAGACAGAGGCUCAUAGAGAUGGCCUGCAAGCACCUGUCUGAUACGUAUUUCGGGGUGAGGAACAAGUGUCUGAAGCUCCUCGGAUGUCUCGGCAUGGCCGACACUCCCCUGACCAAAGACAACGAUGGACCGGGCGCAUCAUUAGGAGGAGUGAGGGACAUCCAGAGCAUCAUCAGCGACUUCUUUGGAGACCAGGACCCCAGAGUCCGCACUGCAGCCAUCAAAGCCAUGCUGCAGCUGCACGAGAGAAGAAUAAAGAUUCACGAGAUCAUUUAUGACCAGGCCUGCAGGUUGCUGUCAGACGAUUAUGAGCAGGUCCGCUCUGCUGCGGUGCAGAUGGUUUGGGUGCUCAGUCAGCUGUACCCAGAAAGCAUUGUGCCCAUCCCAUCGUCCAAUGAAGAGAUCCGACUUGUUGAUGACGCAUUUGGGAAGAUCAGUCACAUGGUCAGCGAUGGCUCCUGGAUGGUCCGGGUGCAGGCGGCUAAAACACUGGGUUCGAUGCUGCAGGUGAGUCAUCACUUUCUGGAGCAAACUUUGGACAAGAAGCUGAUGUCAGAUCUCAGGAGGAAGCGCACGGCCCACGAACGGGCCAAGGAGCUCUUCACUUCUGGAGAGUUCUCCUCUGGCAGGAAGUGGGCCGACGACGCCCCCAAAGAGAAACUGGACACAAACACCGUCAACCUGAUCGCCUCGGGGGCCUGCGGGGCCUUCGUUCACGGCCUGGAGGACGAGAUGUUUGAGGUCCGUAUUGCGGCGGUGGAGGCGUUGAGCCAGCUGGCUCGGUCGUCUGCCAGCUUCGCCGAAAAGUGCCUGGACUUCCUGGUCGACAUGUUCAACGACGAGAUCGAGGAAGUGAGGCUGCAGUCCAUCCACGUGCUGAGAGAAAUCUCUACCCAUAUAACACUCCGAGAGGACCAGCUGGACACGGUGCUGGCUGUGUUGGAGGACUCGUCUCGUGACAUCAGAGAAGCUCUCCAUGAAUUAAUUUGUUACACCAACGUCUCCACUAAAGAGUGUAUCCAGCUGGCUCUGCUGGAGCUGCUGAAGAACCUCAACAAAUAUCCCACCGACCGCAACUCUGUCUGGAAGUGUCUAAAGUUCCUGGGUUCCCGUCACCCAACACUGGUGUUGCCGCUGGUCCCCGAACUGCUCAGCACACACCCGUACUUCGACACACCAGAGCCUGACAUGGACGAUCCGGCCUACAUUGCGGUUCUGGUGUUGGUGUUCAACGCUGCCAAGUCGUGUCCCACCAUGCCGGCGCUGUUCUCCGACCACACCUUCAGACACUACGCCUACCUGAGGGACAGUCUGUCACACCUCGUGCCGCCCCUAAGAUUGCCAGGCAACGGUCUGGACUUGGUGGACUCGCGUUGUGGUUCUGGUUCCGUGGAGUCGGCUCAGCUCUUCCUUCAGCAGAGUCUGAACAGGGUCAGCACCAUCCAGAACCUGGAAGCACCUGGAGCCCAGGACCUGCUAAACUUCACCAUACGAGACCUGCAGCGGCUGGGGGAGCUGCAGACGGAGCUCGCUGGAGCUGCUGAUUUCUGUGCUACGUAUCUGCGCUGCCAGCUGCUGCUCAUGAAGGCUCUGCAGGAGAAGCUGUGGAACAUGGCCGUCCCUCUGUGCCUCAAACAAAACGUCACGGCCACAGCAGCCGCUCAACAGAUCUUGGAGGAAACCUACAAGCUGGAGUUUCUGUACAGCGGUUUGGAAAGCAGACAAGUAGCCACUAUACAUCAUGUUCGCCUGCAGGCCAAAGCUCUGCAGCUCAUCCUGACUGCUCGCACCAGGCAAGGGUUGGAUCCUCUCAUCAGCAGCUGCGAGAAGUUUUUGCAGGACAUUGAGUCGUUUCAGAGGCUGUUUGUGGCAGAGCUGCCCCACCUGCAGGACAGUUUUGUGGAUAAGCUUUUGGAGCUGAUGCCCCGGCUGUCGUCCUGUAAACCAGUGGAGAUGGUGAAGAUCCUGCUGGCGACCCUGAGACUGAGCGGCCUGCUGCAGCUCAGACUGCCUGAGCAGAUCCAUCGGGCGACGGCCACCAUCAUCGAGCCGACCGGCGAGUCCGACAACCCGCUGAGGUUCACGACCGGCCUGGUGGUGGCGCUAGACAUCGACGCAACGCUGGAGCACGUCCAGGACCCUCAGAACACUGUCAAAGUACAGGUUCUGUAUCCAGACGGCCAGAGUCAUGUCAUCCACCCUAAACCCUCAGACUUCAGAAAGCCUGGACCUGACAGACACAGACUCAUCACACAGGUUUACCUCUCGCACACAGCAUGGACAGAGCCGUCUCAAAUUGAGGUGCGCCUCCUGCUGGCCUACAGCUCCUCCUCAACCUCCCUCUCCUCGUCUUCGGCUUCCAAGCUGGGAUGGAGCGAUAGCAUUGACAGCCUCCCGCCACCAGAGGCCGCCGUAGAGGGAACCAUUCCGUUCAGCAAGCCUGUCAAAGUCUACAUCAUGCCCAAACCUGCCCGCCGCUAACAAAACUCAUGACAAAAAGGACACCCAGACAAGGCUUUCACUCUUCACUCAGCGGGGUCAGCCCUAUGUUCCCACAUUUCUAAGAUUUUUCUUAAAAUUAGGCCCUAUGUUCCCACAGCCCUAUGU